AUGGAUUACCAGAAUCGGGCGGGCUCCAAGUUUGGAGGCGGAGGUGUCGCUUCCCAAUCCGCGACGAACGCCGACCGCCGCGAGCGCCUUCGCAAGCUCGCGCUGGAACACAUCGACCUCGAUAAGGAUCCCUACUUCUUCAAGAACCACGUCGGAAACUUCGAAUGCCGUCUCUGCCUGACGGUUCACCAAAAUGACGGCUCCUACCUCGCCCACACGCAGGGCCGCAAGCACCAGGCCAACCUCGCUCGCCGAGCUGCCCGCGAGGAGCGCGAGGGCAAGAACCGCGAUCCCUCUUCCCUGCCGGGUGCCAUGGGUGUGCAGGUCAAGAAGCAGACGAUUAAGAUCGGCCGACCCGGAUACAAGAUCACCAAGGUCCGUGAUCCUCUGACUCGACAGCUCGGUUUGCUCUUCCAACUGCAGUAUCAGGAGAUCACUCCUGGUGUCCAGCCGCGAGUGCGUUUCAUGUCGGCAUUCGAGCAGAAAUUUGAUGAGGCGGAAAAGAACUUCCAGUACCUGCUUGUCGCGGCGGAGCCUUAUCAGACCUGUGCGUUCAAGCUGCAGGCUCGCGAGAUCGACCGUUCCGACGGAAAAUACUGGACUUGGUUUGACGAGGAUACGAAGGAGUUCUGGGUGCAGAUUAUGUUCAAGACAGAGCGUGAGGAGCGUUUCAGUGGUGUGCCUGGUUUGGCGCCCAUGGGGGCUUGA